GAGCUAGAACACGCAGCGGCAACAACAACGAUAGCGGCAGUGGCAGCGACAACUACGUGCGGCAGGCGCGUUAAGAAAUUAUUCAAAAUUAUUAUCGAAGUGAAACAACAGAUGCCAAGUUGUGCAAAGCAGAGUGCUAAGUGCCAAUAAAUAAUUGACAAAAUUAAGUGCGUUCGUUAAAAUAAUUAUAAAAACUCAAAACAAAAAUUAAGUUUCUGUUUUGAAAACAUUUCUAAGCACGCCAGUGGAAAAGUGUGUGAUAUUUAAUUAUUGUGACGACAGCCAAACACAACUCUCCAUUGAUUUUGCCAACAAAAUCCCAUCCCAUUUGUUGUUUAGCGCAAGACGGCGCCAUGGAGUUUCAAAAGUAUUUGAGUUUAUGGGCGCUUGCAUUGGUCACAGUCCUGGCCUUUUAUGGGAGCUACGUUGAGGCUUGUAUGUGCAUGCCCGCACAUCCGCAGACACAUUACUGCAAUGCCGAUUAUGUUGUGCAGGUGCGCGUUCUGCGCAAGUCAGAAAAAAUGGACCCGGGCAAAACUAUUUACAAAGUGAAUAUUAAGCGCACCUAUAAGGCCACACCAGAGGCUCGCAAAAUGCUGCGCGACGGCCGCCUGGCCACACCCAACAUGGACUCGUCCUGUGGCGUCAAGCUGCAACUCGGCAAAGUUUAUAUCAUAGCUGGUCGCAUGCCGCAAUUGAAUUUGUGCAGCUACUUCAAGGAAUACGCCAAGAUGACUAUCACUGAACGUCACGGCUUUAAUGGCGGCUACAAGAAGACCUGCAGUUGCAACGUGUGGCCCUGCUUUGGGAAAAGUUGUUUGGAUGAACGCGAGGCAGACGAUGGUUGCAAGUGGUCGCCUCACGGCAACUGCGAACGUGACUUUAGCGCCUGCAUGCCUCACAUUCGUCAAACGCCCAGUGGCAACAUCACCCGCUGUCGUUGGCGACGCACGCGCCUUUACAAACAGUGCUUGAAUUAUCCUUAGGGCGAGCAGCCGACUUGCCCUUUGUUACGCUAACGCUUUUUUCUUAAACCUUCAAUUUUUGUGUAGAGCUUUAAUUCAUACGUUAUGCUUAAAAUGUUAUUUAUAUGCUGACUCGAAUUUCUUGCUAGUUUUGAGUUGCGACUUAAUUAGUGUCUAGCUUUUAGUGUCUAAUACACUUACCAAAUCGCGUGGAUUCGGGAAGAAUGUUUGUUCAAUUAGCGGAAAGCCAUCUCGUCCCAGCCGACGCUGCAGCUGCAGCAAAUGCGAAAAGACCCAGGGCUUAUCCUGUCAUUAAGAAAGAAAGGAGAUGUCCGAGUCAUUAGCAACAAUCAAAUACGAAUAGUGCUGGUGGCCAUAUAGCUUACCUGAAAUUGAUAUAUGGAGUGCAGCGAGUUAAUGCUGGGCACACCGCCAUAUUUGAGUCCCAGUAUGGUCGAACGAUAGUCGCUGGAGCCAUCACGCGGUGGUUGGCGUAUUAAAACAAAAUCCGGGCGGAAGGAACGCGCAACCUGUUUUGGUGUGAUAUUCCAAAAAGUAAAAUUAGAAUAAACACAGAACACAGUUUUUUUGUAUGUUUUAGUGGACACCUAACAAUAUAAGUUGAUUAUAAAAUAAAAAGUUUCCUAAAAGCUGCUCAAAAUCUUAAA